AUGGAAUUGGAUUGUCAUUUAUUUUGUUGUUUUAUCAUGCAAGUCAGUAUUCAGAAUAUCAAGAACCGAAGCGUACAAACAAGUAACAAUCACAUGAAGCCUAACAGAGCUCGUAGCAAUCUUUUUGACUUUAAAUUUUCCAAGUUGAAAACAAGUCGUGUAGAUCUCGAAAAGAUUGAAUUCUAUGAAUAUAUCCAAGUGAUGUUGAAACUCAGUCAACAUUAUAAUGUUUUGAUCUGA